AUGGCAGAAGAAAUGAAGAAGCGUUCCUGUGGCACCGAGGCAGAGGAGUCAUCGCUUAAGAGGCCGAAGGCUUCUGGACGUGAAAGCAAGGGCGGAUCCUCAGACAAAUCCCCGCAGAAGGCUUCAUCACGGAUUGCUUCUGACAGCAAGGCCCAAACAGCUCCAGAUCAGGAAACACGACCGUUCGAGGUCAAAGUUGACGCCGAAACCAACAAGAAGCCUGAGGCCGAAGCGUCCUCCGAUCAGGCCAGACCAGCCUCAAGUCAGGACACGGACCAACAGCUACGUGAGCUGGCGGUGAAGGGGCUGGCAGGAGCCCAGGCGGAGGUGGAAAGUGCCAGAAAGGAGGUGGAAAGUGCGAGAGCAGCUGUCCACUUUGCGGAGAACUGCUGGCGCCAAGCCAUAAGCAGCAACGACGGGGAGCAGGCAAGUAAGUGGGAGCAGAAGGUCCAGGAGGCCAAGCAGAAGGUCCAGGAGGCCAAGCAGGAGGUCCAGGAGGCGGAGCAGAAGGUCCGGGAGGCCAAGCAGGAGGUCGAGAAGGCCAAGCAGGAGGUCCAGGAGGCCAAGCAGGAGGUCCAGGAGGUCGCUUCCAAAGACUUCGACAUAGCAGCAUGUACGCGGCCCCCGAUCAUCGUAAAACCGAGGACGUUCGUGGAGCUUGGCCCUUGCAAGCAGGCCUGCCUCGAGGCUGUCCGCAGGAACUUGCCUCUGCAAACAGAGUCUACGACUGUGCGAGUGUCCCCGACAGUGCUCUCCCGGUGCAUGCGCGGGGGCAAGACCACAGUGCUGAUGCACGUCUUCGACGAGCUGAAAAAUGAGUCGAAGAACCCUAUUUUCAUCAGCUUUAAUGGCGACUCUCAAAUCAUGCAGCUCAAGAACGAAAGCUCCCUGGGAACAAUGCGGAGGGCCAUCGCCGUUGCACUGCUGAAAGAGAAGCCCGCGAAGCGUGAUGAGGCUGCGCGAAUUCUCUGUAGGCAGAAUGUCUUGGAGGAGUACCUGAAGGACAAGAAGGAUGUUGUCCUCAUCGUCGACGAGCUGAAUGUUUUGCUGAAGCCAGACAAGUCAGAUGAUGGCUAUGCAGAGGUUGGCGCGUUCCUGCGGGAGCAAUUCCUCGACCCUUCAGGCCGAUACCUGAUUUUCAGCACUCACAUUCCAACCGGCAUCGGCCUGUCCCAUCUUUUGGGCAAGGGCUCAGGCAGCACUCGUACAGCAGAGACUAUAAAGAUGCCCAGUUCGCAUGACACGAAAUCACUCAGGAACAUGGACGAAAAAUGUGAGGCUUUGACUCCUUGCGAGGCUGCGUACUAUGGACAAAUGCCAUCCCUGAUCUACUCCGUGAAGACGCACGGCUUCAACAUACUGGAACGGUUCCAGGCAAUAGGGUGUGAGGAGCCAACCGCAGCCUUGACCAAAUGUUUUCUCUCAGAGUUCUUCACGGGUGAGCGGGGUGAAAACUCAGCUCCAAUACGAGUCUUCGAUAGCCUCACCGAAAGCCCAGCCAGCGGACAGAUUCGGUGGAUCCCUGCCUAUGUGGCCAAAAUGUGCUCUCGCCUGGGAUUGUCAGAAAUUGCCGGUUGGGUCGAGGAGAUCCCCAAGCUAUCGGAAAGGGUCGAGAGCGGCCUAGACUGGGAGGCCAUCGUGCUGGUCGCACUCAGCCUCCGAUGCGUCCAGGCCAAGUACGGCUUCGUCCACAAGCUUUUGCAUCUGCCAAGCAUGACUGAGAAGGUCAAAGGCGUGUCCUUGCACAAAGUGCCGAAGGAGAAUUGCGACACGCCGAACGACAUGGUGGCAUGGUGGAAGGGGAGGACCAUAUCAUCUGAGGCAUUCCCGUACAUCGCGGUGCUGUCACCAAGUUAUGCAAGGACGGCAGUUUGUGACGCAAUGUGGAUCUAUCAGCAACAUUCAACGAGCGAACUCGUGGUGCGGGGCCUGCAAAGCAAGCUGGGAAACAAAGUGCCAGCCUCGGACAUGCCAGACGGCAUUCUUGGCUUGCUUGUGAGGGGAAAUGCCCCAGCAAACAGCAAGCCGCCCACACUUAGGAAAGGCUGGGAGUACAAGACCGCAGAUGAGAUUCGUGAUUUUUUGGGUGCUUCCUUGUCAGCCCUCUAUCCUGCUGACUGGUUUAGUACACCCAGAAGCUGA